CGCCGAAAGUAGAGAGGACAAACACCAAAAGAUCCGAAAGUUGCUCAAGUUGUUCACUCGGCCAAGCCAAUCUAAGUAUGAAGGCACAUAUCGAGCCACAUUGGAGCCUGCAGGAUGUUUUGUUUUUUUUGCACUCACUUGUGUUUCGUUUACGUCGUGACGCCGAGCGCACCGAGCAUACCCACGCGUCACCGUCCGCAACAAACCGACGACACGACCGACGAAUAUGCUAGACGUUUCCGUUCCGUGGCUGGCUGUGCCGUGCGGUGGGUGACUGUAGCCGCCCCGCUUUAUUUUUCCUCCCCGUUCCCAAGGCACAACCUAGGAGUGAAACUGCUGCCCAGUCUCAAUGAAACCCAGCAGGCGCCGACGGUGUGCUCCCAUCAACGCUGCAUGAUUGACUGAGGAUCCGAAUACGGUCCCCGAAGUCGGCGCCAUGGGCCGGACGGGCUACACGUGCGUCCGCCGCACGCUCUGCUGCUACAACCUGCUCUUUUGGAUACUGGGCUGCGGCGUGACCGGCGUGGGCGUGUGGCUGCACGUGGCGUACGGCGGCUACUCGACGCUGCUCCCCACGCACCGGGUGCUCAGCGCCGACGGGCUCUGCCUCACCGCGGGCGCCAUCACCUUCCUCGUGGCCUUCCUCGGCUGUUGCGGCGCCUGGUUCCAGAGCCGGUGCAUGCUCGCCACGUACUUUGUGCUGGUGAUCCUCAUCUUCUUACUCGAAUUUGCCGCUGGAACUCUGGGCUUCAUCUACCGUCGCCAUAUUGGCCAGUCACUAAUGGAGGAACUGAAGGUGGGCAUUGAGCACAAGUACGACCCGGAUAGCGACAAUGGGCUUGCCGAGCUCUGGGACCAGAUCCACACAAAGUUUGAGUGUUGCGGCGUCCACAGCUACCGCGAUUGGCACCGCAUUUCAGCGUGGCCCAACGAAGAGUGGGUGCCCCAGUCGUGCUGCCUGGAGGAGUUUGUUAACGGCACAGCGUGCGCCACUUCCAAGAAUCCGCGUCUCAUCCACGAGGGGGGCUGCUACCGCAAGUUGCAUCUGUGGAUCAUGAAGCGGCUCUAUAUUGUGGGCAUUGUGUGCAUGAGCUUUGCCUUUGUCCAGCUGUUUGGCCUCAUCUCAGCUAUGCUGCUGCUCUGUACAAGUGCCGAGAAGAAGAAAAAGAAAAAAUACAACUCGAGAUACAUCCAAUAUGCAGCAAUGGUCUGAACCAGCCACAUGCAUACUCUGCAAAAUUGCUCGAGGAGGCAACACCAUAGGAAAAUGGUGUUUCAAGCCAUUAUGUUUGUGUUGAGUGAAAAUAAGAAUGCAGGUACGGUGAUCCCAUCGCUGGUCAGCAGUCGGCAUCGUCUGUUCAAGCAAAGAAGUGUCAUAGUCGUGAGCAGACAGCAGUGACCAGUGCUGACUACUGUCACGGAGGAAGGUGAUCUGAUGGCUGUGUGCCCAUCAUGCUGCAGCACUCUGACUUUGUAGAAAAACUUUUAUCUAUUCAGGUUUCAGUGGUCCAUUUCCCCGGGCGGUACAGAUAUCGCUCUGGCGUGGUGCCGGCCUUCUGUCGACGAUGUGCACUCAUUGCCCACUGUGAUGACUCUGUGCGCAUAUUAAUUGAAGACAUUUCAUGUGCAUCCAUCACAGGGCUGCCUGCGACUUUUGCUUUUAGGGUAGGAGUUAAGGGACUUGGUACCACAUUUAUACUUGGCAAGAUAACUAUGUUUGCGUCAGCUCGGAGGUAGCUGCUUGACCGUGUCAGAAGGCUUUACUUCUGUCAUUCUUCUAGUUAUAUUGUUUUUUUUUCCAUCGUGUACGCCUGUCAGCGAGACAGUUUGGACUGCUUUGCUGUUGGACUGCAGAUUGGACUGCAAAUGCUGUCAGUGUGAAGCUUUGCUGGGCACAAGUUAAUGUCAGCCGUGCAAGUUGACCAGUAUAGUGUAUUUUGUAAACAAGCACUCAAUAUAUUGUAUUGGUGGUCGGUGGGUACUGCAGGAAAACAAGGCACGUAGGCAUAUCUAGUGCUGUUGUGUCAUGCCCUCAAAGUGUGAAUAGUGCCUGUGUCACUCUGCUUGCAUUGUACCAUUCUGACUGUGCAUUAUGCACCAUCUUUAUGCUAAGGACUUGGUCAGAAACCACCUUUCCUUUUUUUUUUUUUUUUCGUGUGGGCAUUUGUUGGAUGUGGUUGUCUUAUUUUGGUUUUUGAAUGCAUUGAGAGAAUUACCACCCCUCUCUCUCUGUGCGAGUUCUUUGUUUGAUUUUUUGGGGGCUAUGCAGUCAAACCUCGUGUUAACGAAUGUUUACUGUGGAGAUGUGUUGAAGCCGCAUAUGACUCAAAAAUACCUUUAUUAUAUUUCAUAUUCAUUAUAAAUAUAUACAGCCAAAUGCCUUUAUAAUGAAGUGCUUGGGACUACCAAAAUUCUUCGUUUACAGGUCACUUCGUUGUAAUGAUUACGCACUGUACUGCUCACAACAGAGCAGUCUAGAUACAUUUAACAUGAGAAAACCUUCAUUCAACAUUAAUUCAAGAGGGACUUAGUGAAAUAUGUUGCUACUUUUUUGCACAAUUCGUCUGGCAGAAUGUGCGACUGCAGCCAACAUCACUGCACUGAGGCACACAGCAUUCUUCACAGCAAAAUGCAGGAACGACGCCAAGUAAAACUGCAGAUUGUCGAAUGAAGCUAUUGCCUUCAUUGCCUUUGAAAUUCUUUGUUUACAGUCUGUUCCUCACUGUUGCCUUUGUUGACAUUCACUUCCUUAACUUCAAACGAAGUCUUCAAAGCCCUUGAAGGCUUUGAAGACUUCGUCAAUUGUCAGUUAUGGUAACAGCAUGACGUCAUCAACUGCGACGUAUUCAUCAGCUGUCGCAGUCACUGAUGUGUUACAACAGGUAGCGUACUAGUUGAGGAAUUCCUGGAACAGUACAGCAAGGCUGUGAGUAGUGUGAGCAAUGUACUUUUUGGGGUUUUUUUUGUUAUAUCUAAUAAUGAUUUAUAUUCGCGUUCGUUAUAUCGAGAUUUGAUUGUAUAGGAUGACUGCAAGGUUUUGCAACUCGUAGAUCAAUGAUUAAGGGGACUGUUGGCAUUUCCUGUCAAAGAGCAUGUUUCACAUAAAGCAGUAGCUUCUGUGUGGUAAAUUCACUACAGGCUUUGGAGGCAGUAAUGGACAAGGCAAGCUCUAAUGUUGAAGUUGAGACGAAAUGCUUCAUUUGUAUAACAUUUAUUGGGACAAACCUCGCUUAGCAAGUAAUGUAACAAUACUGUAUACACUCAAAGUAAGGGCCACUCUCGUGUAAGAACCGCAUCCUCAGCUUGGCAGCAUAACAUCUGGGGAAAAAUAAAAAGGGUAAACAAAAAGGCUUAGUUGUUGCUUGUCACCUUUAAUUUUAAGUGUCUGAAGGCACCACAGUCGAUCGACUGUGGUGCCUUCAGACAGUGUUGUAAAAAUCUUAAAAACUCGCAGACAUAUCUAAUGCUGUAAAUGGCAUGGAGGACCACCGUAUUCUCGAUACGUGCUACCGAACCGAGCCUCAGCAGCGGUGACAGUGACAGUGAGCGAGUACUAGAUAGGUACCCAGGGCAUGAUGUGCAUGCAUGAACAAGUAAUGCAUUAUGACAACAACAGUGUUUGCCCUUUCGCUACGCAGGAAUCAUGUGGAUUAUAUGCAGCCGUAAAAAUUGAACUGAAAUGGCCCGCCCCUGUGUAAGGGUUGCAAUUACACGAGUGUAUACGGUAGUUGGAGGAUCACGAGAGAGCAUAAGUUGAGGGUAAUUGUGGUCAGUAUUAUGGGUUGCUUUUAAAUUCGUGGGAAAAUCUUGCACAGCAUAGUCUAGACUUCUUUGCCAUUUGCUUAUGGUCUACCAUGCCAUUGUUUCAUUCUGUGUGUUGCUGCAAGGUCGUCUCAUGUGGUACCAUCAACAGUGCCUGUGGAAGAUGAAAAGUGUUCUUGUCUCGUGGUUGAGGUAUCUUUUACAAUAUUUUUUUUCUUUCUUUUUAUCGACCAGGGUGACAGUACCACUGUGUUAUGUUUGAAAAUGAUGCAAAUAAGUUUAGCAAGUGUUGAACUGUUUGACUGGGAGCCUCUUUUGUGUUAUUAAUGAGUGUCUUUAGCGACCUUUGGUAUUGCUUCACAGCUACAUGAAAGCAGUGCAACCUGCUUGCAAUCUACACAAGGGGUACAAGUCUAUGAUCUUUCUUUCUUUAUUAUUUUUUUUAGAUUGACCAAGUAACACUGUGCUUUUUUACGUGGAACCUUAUUUUUUUCGCUCCCUUUUUGCACCUACACUUUGUACGAAGGGAACAACAUUAUCAAGUGCCGCAUUUUUCAACUAGGCGCAUGCGUUUGCAGCUUUUACACAUUCCAUGUUUUUCAUUUGCAGCCUCGCCAUGUUUUGCUUCAGAUUCUUGCGCAACGUUUUGCUGUGCCGCGAGGCAUUUUCUCGCGCUUAGCUCUUUGUUCUUUAAUGUUUUUUAUCAGGUGAGCAGGAGAAUUUCUCUCACAAAAAUGUCCACGCUAGUCUUGUACAAACAAGGGGUUAGAAACAUUCCAUUUGUGCACAAAAGACAAGAAAAAUACCAGUAACACACGCAUGCAACGCCAACGUGGUUCCUGUCACUGGAACUGCUCUUGUGCCUCACUUCCUGUCUUGAACACCCAGCUGUCGUUGGUCAAUGCUGUGGCCCUUAACCAGUAAGCUGAAGGGGGUCUAAUAAAUCGUUAAAGCGGCUCAAUACCUUGAAUAGCUUUGUUUGCAGAUAGUGAAAUGUGUUCUCUCAUUUCAGCUACAUACUUGCACUCUUGAGCGCUUUCUUUGUCUGCACUUACACUGCCCCAGACAAGCCCACGCGGACGGGCAAGUAGCACCGCAGUUACUCCAGUAGGGGCAGUGCUUUGGAAAACUUGGCUCUGAUUAGCUCGCACACCACACUGCCAUUGUGGGGACACUGAUAUUGGCAUUCCUGCUUCUAAAACACUAGAAAAGGCAUCUGAUUCGAACCAGCUUAAAAUGUCAGCCUUUGCAAGAUUGGUAUACUUUUCCCAAUGUAGAGUGAUCACUGCCUGUACAAAUAACUGUAACGAUUUCAUGGGGCCCUUCAGCUUCCUGUUAAGUGGUGAGUAGCCUAGGACUUAAAUGCCUAGAGCCUCACAAGGUUUUCUUUUUCUUUUGUCUGAGAGGCCGUAGGGGUAGCCACUACUUAGACAGUGGUCGUAGUGAAGACAGCUAUGGUCACCCAUCUGACUGUCUCAUUUGUAGGUCUGUUGGCUGGGCACAAAUGUACAAGUCUGUAUAAAUGUACAAAUGUUGCAGUCUAAUAUGCUGCGCUACAGCUGCACAUUUUAAGUGUCUGUAUAACUUGCAGCAAAAUGCACAGCGAGAGAGUGCCGUUGUCAGCAAGUUCCUACAAAGUGAAAUGAAUACCUGUAUCCGUGUGGUAAGAUCGUACAUUUUGUAUCCAUUUCCUGUGCCACAAUCUCGUGUGCAAUUUGCAACAGGUUUCAUACCCACAGUUAUACUGUUGCGUAUGGACUUGGAAUUAAGUGAGCGGUGAAGGGAAUUGUUUUUGGCAACACAUUAGGCAACAAGUGUGUUGGUGUCAAGCCUGGCUUGCAACUUUGUGCAGCACGAAUGAACAGUAUAUAAAAAACGCAAAUGACGUAAAUGGGCACUUCUUUUGGAACUAACAUGCAGGACCAGGCCCUCUUUCUUCCAGGGGAAGCUGCUAUCAAGAAAGGCAUAAUUUUGGCCUUGCUGCUGAUAGUUCUGUGAGAAUACCCUUCAUGUAACGCUUGACUAGCAUUGUGAAAAAGUGGCAUCUGCCAUUACUUUUUUCAGCAGUGCUAAAGUUGGGCAUAGUAGGAACCACUCGUACCUCGCAUCUUGAUGUAUUUUACUAUGCUGGCAUAGUAAUAACCGACAAAACUGAUUACAGCGCACAGUGUCUUGUGACUAGCUAGAAGUAUCUAUGUUAUUUGUGGACACUAUCCCAUUCAGUCACUGUGACCAGUGCCUCAACGUGAAAGACAUAUAGCAACACUAUAUUUACUGUUGAAUGAGCACACUGAUGUCUUGUCCUUUUAUUUAUGGGGACACGUACUGCCGUACAUGGAUGCAUAUCUAUAUUUAUUAUUUUUUAUUGCAUGCAAACCAUAGUGAGACGUAUGGUUCCUGCAGUGGAAUCCAGGCCUACUGCUGUGUUGUAUUUUGUCUGUCCAAUGAAAGUGGCUCAAACGAAGGAAAUGCUUGUAAGCUUUCUGGCACUUUGAAGUGAUGUGAUGCUGGGGGUUUGUGGUGUGCAUAUCUUGCCUUGUUACAUUGUCAUUUUUUUCUUGUGACAUGUACACAGCUCUAUUUUCUGGUCGAGCUCUUUUUCUUUAUUUCUUUUUUUUUUGGAGGGGGGGAGGGGGGAGUGUGGUAAAGUGUUGUAUGAUUUCCACUAAGUUUGGACAGGAAUCCCUCCAUAACGAGGUCAGCUUGCCACACCUUCUUCAUUGGGGUGUCUUUAUGUAUGAAUGUGCCUCGGAAAUUCUGUCCUUACUUUGAUGCCUUCCGUGUGCUAGGUUUCAAUGGUACAGUGAUGCCAGAUUAGACUACUUCACUGUGGGUCUUGGGAAGACAGGCCCUUUUUUUGCCAUUAGUUUUUUCAAAUUUUUCUUGUGAGGUCUCUUUAGCCUUGAGUGUUUGAGGUCCAUGACAUUACAGUUGUAUUUGAUGUAAUGUGCGUGUACUUUUGAAUGUCAGCUGUUCAUGGUGUCUGCCUAAACUACAAGGCCAUGUUAAGGUACCGAUGAUUCACUGCUUUCUUUUUCUGAUUGCCGUCUCUAGGUGUGCAUCCCCUCUUAUGCCCAGUGUGGUAAUGUGCUGCAGAGUGGAACAUUUACACGUAAAACUAUUGCAACACCUUUCUCUCUUGUUGUGGCUGCAAAUUCUGCAUAUUUGUAUUGUGUGUAUGUGCACACGUUUUCUUUUCUGCACAACACAGCUGUCAAACGCACAUGGCUGAUUUUGCUGCAGUCAUUGGACUUUCUUAUAUGUUUCUGCCUUUUAUUUUUGUCACACGUGUAAUGCAGCUAGUGUAUGUUGCAAGUCAUGUCAGCACAGAAAGCUUACUGUGCAUCGUGCUUUUUCGCUUGUUAUGCAACUGACAUGUUGUGCCCCGAGCGAGAAGAUGCAGCACGGAAGAAAUUAGUGUUUUGGUGCAUGUCAGACCCGCACACCACUGCGGCCUCUCGACUGGUGCAUCCAGUCAUGUUUGUCAGUCAUGUAGGACUUCCCCAAGAUUUCAAGUCUGGGAACAGGCGUCUUGAAUGCGCAUCAUCCCACUUUGUCUCUGCAGCUGCCUUUUUUCUGCUGUCUUCAACUUCCGCCGCGACAUACGCAGUUGAACAGGUAAACCUAAGCUCAGUUCCGGUGAUGCCAGAACAAUGGUUUGUGUCUGGCCGUUUUGUCACUGCCAAGAGUUGCCUUUGCUACAUUUUCUUUUUUUUUUCCUGAUCCCCGUGAUUCCUUGUCUACUUUCUCGACUACUUGCUGCUGAUGUGACGGCCAAGUGUCACCAUGCUCCUACUGUGAAGACAAGCCACUUCCGUAGUGAACACAAUCCCAGCACUGCUGGAGCUGCAAUUUUCCUGCUUCUGUACGAAAUGUUGCCUAAAUUAUAGCAAAUCGUAUACAUGAACCUUCUGGCCAGGUCAACAGCUCGUUCACACUCAAAUUUCGCCCAGACUUGGCAUUUCACAUUGCGCACAAUUCAGCACAAUGUUCGGGUGCAAUAGUGACCUUGUUUUAUUCGUAAGAACCAGGUAGCAGUCAUCUGCAUUGAUGACAAACCAACAACAACUUUGAAUUUAGGUGAACAAAACAGUGGUGUCAUUCCUCACUGUAUUGGCAGAACACUACAUGUACUAUGUUUUGUUUUAGCAGUGACAGACGUUUCCAGUUUGUUGCAGUGAAAUUGACACUUGUUCUGCAUCACUGCAGAUAACAUGUGCAUUUCUGCUUUGCUAUGGAUGAAACAGAUGAUUAUUUCACCCAAACGUGAUGUUAAAUGUCAUGCACCCUAAAAUGCAAUAAACGGUUGUCUGUAGGCCAGUUGGUUAUUGAACAUGGUUGCCAAGUCGCACGGCAUAGUUAUAUCAAAUGUGCAAGAACAGAACACAAACUAUGCAGUGCAACUUGGCAUUGGUGUGUAAAAUGCAAUCUCUGUGUGAAAUUUGAGUCCAAAUAAGCCUGCGAUUUAACUGACACAGUCAUGUGUACCUGGCAGUCUUAUUCUGGAAUAACACUGCUCAGUAUAACUUGAGUGAAGGUGAGCAUAUACUAUUGGCUUCAAACAAGGGUGGACACCCCCAUUAAGCCCAAGACUUUCCUUCAAAUUUUUCUACGCUCAAAUGUAUUCACUGCGGCAGCAAUUUUCUUCUAACCUAAGGAAUAAUAUGAAGUUAUUUGCAUUGUUUUAGUGUUCUGCUGUGGAAAAAGAAGCAAACAAGUGCUUUUUCUUAAAUAGGAACUCCCUUUCUUGUCAAUACUUUGUGGAUUAUGCUAGAUUGAUGAUUCAAUUGAAGUGCAUGCCAAUGCCUAAAUUACCUUCCUUUGCUCACUGCCUGUUUGUGAGUGUGGCGAGAAGUGCAGGACUGUUCGUCUAUGUGACAGUGUUUGAAAGUGUUGAUAGUUUGAACUUCAUGUUGCACUUCACCACUCUGGAAUUAUAAUUUAAUCAUAUGCCAGAUGAGUUUUUGUCAGUGUGAGAAAAUUGCUCACCUGUCAGUGCCUGAGUCACUUGUGACUGCGUGGUAGAAUUUAUGCCAGAGGCAGCACAUUGUCAGAUUUCUUCUUUCACUUGUUGCCUUGUUUUGAGGAAACAAUAUGAAAUUCACGUUGACUGGCUUCAAAAGUUUCAGUAUGCUUACUACGCUCAUUACACCUGUGCGGUCAAACUGCCAACACCAUGCUUCCGUGGCACGUUUGCACAUGUUUGUUACCCAUGGUGUCUUAAAUUGGUCAUUCAUCAAUAUGCUGCCAUGCGUGUCGGAGCAUGUGCUUUUAGUGGGAACAUGUUAGUCUAUAACUGGGUAACAUUUAGAGGGCCCGGCAUGAGUGCACUGAGAAUCGUAAUGCACAGAUGCAGAGAUGAAUUCUGACAAGUUGUCUGCUACCCUGCCAGCGCAUACUUGCAUCGUGGCAUGGCAAAAUUUCUGUGGCUCUACCACUCAAUGGGUGCCACUUAAUAUGUCAUUCCCAAUUUUUCAGUUGCUUUCCAACCUGCUACAUUCUCUAGGAAGGCAUUUAUGGCUGUCUGUGCAGAUUUUCCUUUAGACAUGUAGUGCGUGGUAUCAGGAAGGCAAGUCUAGAAGCUCACCUUGCCAUAGCACAGGUGUUUCAUCUGGCAUAGCAGGCUAUGCUUCAUCUCUGCAUGUGCAUUCUUAAUUUUCUAGAUGCUCAGUACCGCACGGAGUACCAGCUACUCGUACACAUGCCUGAAGCUACAGUGAGCUACCUGGCACUUGAAACCACAGGGGCUGGCUGCAUUUCCUUACCGAAUGCUGUCACUCUUGCUUUGCAAGAUGAAAAUGGAAGUGUGCUCUGUGUUCUCACUUGACAUUUGCUGUCAUGUGUGGGACAGGGCUGCAGACAGUCACUGCUACACAUUAGUGUUGAGUGCACAGUAUGCUAAACUUUUAAAGGAAACUCCAAACUGAGAAUAAAGGCAGUAUAAUUGCAGCAGUUUUUCUGUACUGUAUGGAAAAAGAUUGUGAUGUGUAAAGCAGGCUUCCAUGUACAAAAAAUUUGGUCUGCAGACUUUUGUGCCCUGUGUCAUUGGUAAUCGAUGCCACAAUGCUAAUACAGGUGUUUCCUUUAAGAGUGGACCACACUGUACAUCGUACGUGGCCGAGCCAGUGUUUUCUUCCUUGUGACAUUGUGUCCACUAGUAACCUUAAUGGUUUGUCAACUGCGCUUUCAUCUGGCCAUGUAAGUCUCAUCUGCUGUGCACAGAACUCGAGCUAGAUAGGUGGUAGUAAUAGUAGUAGUAGCAGUAAUACACACAACGACGUCUUGUACAUCUCCUUGUUCAAGUUGUGGAGUUUCUUUGACUGAUAGAAAACAAUUCAAAGUGUAUACACUUUUCUGGACCACUUGCACGUUUUUAAUAUGCUUUGCACAAAGUGUGUCAUUCACAUGUUGACCUUGUCUUAGCGGUGAAUGUUGGUAGAGUACUUUGUGUGUUUUACUAUGCAUUGAGUACAAGCCUAGUACCCACGUUAAGCUCAAAUUGCACUUUGAGUGCGCUUUCUCCUCUGUUAAAGCCUAUGUGAGAAAACUCAUUCACAUGCAGUAAGGAGUGCACUGAGAAAAUAAUAGUGAAAUGUGAUUGAUGUGUUACAAGUUUAGUAUCUUUGCAGUUACUUUCUCCCACUGCGUAUAAAUCCCUCGUGGCCAUUGGCAGAGGGAUCACACAAUACCCUGUCUCCCUUUUCUGUUAACUCAUUGAAGACCUCCUUUUUCAUACCUGAUGUUGUUCUGAAUUGAAUAGAACAUUCCAAAACUAACUGCGACAGAGUUUGAGUUUAUUUUUAUGUGUGCGUGGGUUAUGAUAUGUUCUGCCUUUUUAUGCUUUUGGAGCAUCUUGCUGUGGGCAAAUAGGUGACAGAGCUUUGUGAAUCUUUGAAAGACCAUUUACGAGGAGGAGAAACGUCGUAUUUUUGAUACCGCCCUGAAAAGGUGUCGGAAUAUUGUUAAAAGCAUGCAUAUGCGAGUAUGAGUCUAGGACGCUUUUUCUUUAUAUAUUUUGCAUGUGUCACUUCCAACAAUUAUCAGGCUAUGCAGAAAGACAGACGACGGAGGGCACAUGUUCCUGAGACGUAUCUUUAUGUUUUAUUAGGUUUUGGUGUAAAUCAAAAGUACAAUGUGUUGGAAAUAGAUGGCACUGGAAGAGUGUGGUACUGGAUUGCACAUUAGCAUAUAAGAUUUUUUUCUAUUAUUAUGGCAGGGGCACAGGAAUACCAUGUCUCAUGUGCGUACAUAUGUGCUUUCAAAUCUUAUGAGCAAUUGCAGGCAUAUCCCAAUGGUGAAUACCCCGUGCAAAGUUGUCAAGUACAAAUUGCUGUCUCUCUCCUUUAUAUGAAUAUAAUAGAUAUAUACAUCUAUAUAUAUAUAUAUAUAUAUAUAUAUAUAUAUAAACAUAAAUGCAUAUCUAUAUAGUUGUUGAAGUGGGAUAGAAAAUGAAAUUGUCACUAACUGUGCAUGUGUUCGCUAUACAUGUAUGUAUAUAUAUAUAUAUAUAUAUAUAUAUAUAUAUAUAUAUAUAUAUAUAUAUAUAUAUAUAUAUAUAUAUAUAGAAUGUCAGGCUGUAUUCUAGGAAAUGGCAAGGGCUAAAUAAAUACUGUCUGUAGAUGCCUGUC